GAGAUGCAGGACCUGGCCGACGACCCGCUGGGCCAGUUCUCCGUGGGUCCCGUCGGGAACGACCUCUUCCACUGCCAGGCGACCAUCCUGGGGCCCCGCGACUCGCCCUAUGAAGGUGGCCUCUUCGACCUCAGCGUCGACUUCCCCAAAUCGUACCCCUUCCAGCCCCCGCAGAUCAAAUUCAAAACCCCGAUCUACCACAUGAACGUAGGUCCCUAUGGGGAUAUCUGCCUUGACAUCUUGGACAAAAACUGGUCUCCUGCGCUCUCCAUCUCAAAAGUUCUGCUGGUGAUCUGCGUGCUCAUGACGGACCCGAAUCCCGACGAUCCUCUGCGGUUCAACCUGCGAGACGAGUACAGGAAGGACAGCUCAGCCUACGAGAACCAAGCACGUGAGUGGACCCGCCAGCAUGCUAUGUGAUGCCCCCCCCUCCCCCCUUGUAUGCUCACGUAUGCUCACGUAUGCUCACGGGCUUGCCGACUUGGUGCUCACGUGAAUGGCAGAGUAUGUUUGCAAUGAUAGAAUAUAUUUAAGGUGAAACGAAAUACAGCUACAAAAUAAAGGAAUUAUUUGUUAAAAUAUACAUGAUGCUUUAAAGAAAUAUGCUCAUAAGUCAACCAAUGUAUACUCACGGUGAUAUGAAGAGAGGUGCUCAAGUCGUUACUUUGUAUAGGUUGGCAUUUGUUAUGAGAGGGAAGCAAGACGUAUUAUUUGUGAUCUUUUUUUGUUUGUUUGUUUGUUCUUCAAUUAUAGAACAGAAACC